AUGUCAAACCAGUUGAAGAAUGUUCCUCGAACAUUACUAAAAUUACAUUUGGGGGGAAACUUUUGGGAAAACAUUCUGUUAAAGUAAUGAAAUACCAAGCAUUUUUUUUUUGUCAAGUUCCUUAAAUGUGCUGAGAAUGUGCGAAAGCCACGCAACUAUCCUGCAUUCACUGAAAGUUGUGGGAAGGUUGUAUGCACGACCUCACCAAGCUCUAAGAAACAUAUGGUUCUCAGAACGUUAUGUGCUAGCUGGGCAGCCAGCUGAGAUUGGAAUGAUUGGUGUCAACUCCUGGACAGUAGCACAGGAGCCAUAUUAAUGUACUUGUAUAUCUGAAAUGACAGCUAAAGGAUACAUGUACUGUAAGAGACCAAAUAUGGAUGUAAAUGUAUUCGUCCAAGAUCACCCCUCAUGUGGGCCUCCAACAAGUCACAGGCUCACUUGAAUAUGACCGAAUGUGGAAUGCAUUGUUGCAAUGGCCAAGAGUGGCAUGUGCUCCUACCUUGGCAUGGUGUUCCCUUCAGAGUAAGAUAACAUCAGCCAAGCGUGACCCACCAUGAAUUCAACAUUCAGAGAAAUGGGAGUGUGAGAUCUGAGAAACUGUGCCCGCUGGCAUCACAUAGUCACAGUGACUCACAUAACACUGACGAAUAAUAACCUUACCAGCUACAGUAGAAACGUUCACCCAACUAGCAAGACUGACACCAAUGACACACUCAUGAUUUACACAACGUUGGGGAAAUGGGAAUCCUUGUGUGUGUGUAUGAGUGACUCAUAAACACACACACACAAACAAAUAUAUGUGCAAAUACACUACAACAUCACAUGCAGUAGGCCUACUCAAUUGCAAGCAUAACACACAACACACAUUGAAGCACAUCAUGUAUCAUUGUUUCAAACAACAACAUAUACACAGUCUUUAAAUAAACUUGGCCAAAUAAUUGUAUGGAAUUACAGAGCCAUAUCCUGACUACCUAUUGCAUGUCACUGUCCUGAGCAGACCAAAUCUUGUCACAGCUCUGUUUUAGUUAUCUUUCCUACAAAAUGUGACUUUCAGGGUAAGGGGAAAUCGAAUCAGCUGUCCAAUUUUCUCCUCAUGAAGGACUGUCAAAAGCCCUCUAGCUCUAUCCCUCUCUUUCUUCUCUCUCUCUCUCUCUCUCUGUUGGACCUCUCCCGCCAUCAUUCCACAAGGGCCCUUUUUGUGUGGAGGAUCAUCAGACUCAUGGUUUAGAGCGACGGAUCGCAGGCCAGUGUUCAGGAGGAGGACAGAAAAUACUACACAACCCUGUUUGUUGACUAGGCAAGUGGGCACAGGAACCAUGGAAAACGGCAAGUCAGAUGAACAAGACCAGGAAAUGGAGGAGGCCAACCUGGAGAUUGCUCAGCUGCAGGCCUUGGUGGUGGAGCUGCGUACGGGGCUGCAGGGAGUGUUACAGGACGUGUCUGUGCUGCAGCAGAGGGGCAGAGGUCUGGAGGAGAGGGCUCAGGGCCAGCAGAGCGAAGUGGAUGACAGGAUCAUGGGAAUCAGGAACUCCCUCAACACAUUUAAGGAGGACUUGAGCGGUGCUUUAUCCCAGAUCAAAGAGGUUACCAGCAGACAGAAAGAGCUACAGAAAGGCCUGGAGCUCCUCCAAUCAGAGACCGGCAGAGAGAUCCUGUCCGUUCAACAGAGGAAAAGCUCCAAAGGGGACUGCAUUGGGGAGGGCCAUGGGUGUCUCUCCAACCAGACAGAGCUCAAUGUCAUCCAGCAUUACUUUGCCAGCCUGCCCAGCUGCUCUCCACAGAUGAGCACAGCCUCCACACAGACCUCUAACUCAGAGCAGGACGCAGCCAGUGGCCAGCCCCAGAGAGCUCAGUCUAAGUCUCCAGUGUGGAGAGAAAGGAAAGAGAGCCGAGACGAUACGGAUGCACAGAGCGUCCCAGAGAACGGUAAGAGGCAGGUUGCUGCCCUGGAGCUGUUGGAGUCAGAAAGGGUCUAUGUGUCAUACCUGUCUCUGCUGCUGAAAGCCAACAUCACCUUCAACAGCUCAGAGGCCCUCCACACCAAAGACAAACGGCCGUUCCCCAGUUCUCUACGCUUCCUCAUCCAGCAACACCUGGAGCUUCUCCACACCCUGCAGGAGAGGGUCCUCAAGUGCCAGUGGCAGGGCAUCAUGGGAGAUGUAUUCAUGAGGCUCACCAGCAAAGAGAGUGAUUUCCUGGAUUUCUACGUGUCGUAUCUUAAGGAGCUGCCUGAAUGUCUGUCUGUGGUCAGCAUGUUAACCACCACCUCACUAAAAGCUGCCGGCCUGUUUGAGGGUGACAUCAUGGGGGAUGAGACACACCCCUCUCUCCACACUCUGCUCCUCCAGCCAGUACAGAGGAUCCCUGAGUACCUUCUGCUGCUGCAGACCCUGUUGAAGCAGACGGAUGCAGAGCACCCUGACUACUACCUGCUGCUGCUGUGCAUCCAGCAGUUCAGUUCCUUCACUGCCCAGUACGCCCACCUACUGCAGCACAACCAAGAGCUGCUCCUGCACAACCGCAAGGAGCUCAAGAGGUCAGCAUCUGAUCCAGGCUCAGAUUUGGUGUUUUGGUCAACUAUGAAGCAGUUCUUCAAAAACGUGGACUGUGGUAACGUUAUGCAAGCCAAUGAGAUGGGUUCUCCUUACCCCAGCAGCAAUGCAAUACUCCUCCCCCUCUCCCCUCACAGAGAGCAUGCCAACCAGGUGAAACGCAGCAAGCAGAGGCUCCUGGAGCAGAUCCAGUCUAUACGCUUUCAGGACUGGGAGAGCGAGGCCCACCACUCUGACUCUGCCAUCCCGUUUUUCUCCCCUGACACCGACCCUCGCCUCAAACCUCCAUGCCUGCAGAGCAUUCCUGAGAUCGGGUCAUCAGAGCGGCUGCCCGGCAAACGGCUGCCCCCAGGCUCAGCCAUGGCCGAUGCCCUGGGGGAGUUCCUUCUCCCUGGGGAUGCCCCGGGCUUGGAGGGGCUGUAUGAGGACACAAACUCAUCUCUUCACAACAUGUCCAUGUUUGACCAAUGCUCCAGCGCUUCCUCUGACUCUAGCAUCGACAUUGCCUUUGUGCGCUACCCUAAGAGCCACCAGGCCGUCCGUGAGGUCUACAACAGGGGCAGCCGGGAGAGUGGGUACAAGCAGCUGCCUGGUCGGGGGUGCGUGUCUCCAGACGAGGCCGGAAUGAUGCGAGUUCACCACCACCGCCCCCUGCAGGCCGAUCAGCGUAAGAGCAAGUCCCUGAACGGGUUGCAGCUGGACAGCACUGUGAGUGGGGAUAGUGGCCCCGGACAUCUCUCUGACCACCUAAGGGGCAACGGGGCCCACCAACACACCAAGCUGGAGAGGCAGUCCAGUAAUAAAUAUCACCCACGCAGCAGCAAGAGCCAGAGCAGCAACAACAGCCCCAUCAGCCCCCCGCAGCAAAAGGCAGAGCCAGAGAGACAGAUAGGAGUCACUGAAGAGGAGCUACAUAACCACCACAACAAGGAUUCUGGGAGCCUACCCUGGGGGGAGGAGCCAAGAUGGAAGGCUGAGGGGAAUAACCACACCCCCUUCAGUGAGAGGAGCAGGAAACAGGAGAAGGGAGGAUUCAGGAGCUCCUUCAAGAAGCUCUUCAAGAAAAAGUCGGGGGGAGGAGAGAAAGACAAGGACAAAGAGAAGCCAGAAAGCCAGAACUCCAGUGAGGCAGGCAAUACCCCAGGAGUCGCCCACCUAGGCAUCGACCGCGGGACUGCUGUGUGAAGUGUGACUAGAACCGCACUACAAAUUAAGUGGUCUGAGAAAGACUUCAAAUAGGUGCCUUGAUAACGCACACACACUUCUAAGCAAAAUGAUAGGCUAUAUAGACACACAUACACUGAUAUGCAAUAUGAAACUGGAAUAUUGAGCAAAUCAGACUGACAUACUCCUUUCCUAUAUAACUACUGUAAAAAUACUGUAUAGGUUAAGUAUUUGUUUUUGAAUUAGUACUAGUUUUUCCAUUUUAGAGGUCUCCUCAAUAUCCAUGGAGAUAAUAUAUUUUGUAUAAUACUGUAUACUCAUGAACUGCAAUAAUGUAGGUAAAGAUCUAUAAUUUUCCAUCAAGAUGAUUGGAAUAAAUAUCUCCCUCUCAAAUCAAAAUAAAAUGUUGAUUUUUAAUGUGAAGUUAUUUUUUUAUUUUUUAUAAAUGAAAUUGUGACAAGACAAUUAAACAACAUAAGAAAAGUCCACGUUGUAAUCAAUAGUCGCCAACCAAUAACCAAUACGUAUUUCUGAAAAACUCACAAAUCAUAUUGCCUGCUUAGCAAUUACUUCCCUUUGAAAAAUAUAGGUACUUAUCUACAAUGCUUGCAAACCAUAAAAUGUGAAACAGAUUCAACAUUUCCAUCAUAUUUCUGUACGACAGACAACAGCCUUCAGUUCCUUCUUUUAAUGUGUUAACCAGUUUCAUAAAUCUGUUACACAUUGGAAACAAAAUAUAGGCAAUUAUACAGUAUGUAAAACCAACCGAUUUUAUUUUACAGUAUAUACAUGUAAUAAUGUGCAUUGCAAUAUGAAAAUGAUAAUGCAGCAUAAAGGAAGUUAGUUUGUCCAUAAUCAUUACACAUGUUUACUGUGUAAAUUAAAACCAACAUGAAUUUUGUAGUGUUUUAACUUGUUUCCUUCUACACAACUCGUUUCCUUUUGUUCUAACACGAGGUAGAGACACCCAACAAAUUUUGGCCAUAAAUUGAGAACAUAUUUUGGCAUUACAUAAAAACAUGUAACAUUCAUAUUUUUUAAACAUCUUCACUGAGCCCUACAGUAAGGAAUGUUUAGUUCUUGGCCAUUUGACUAUAGUGUAUAUGAUCGAUAUUGACAUUGAGAAUUACAACAUGAUGAAACCCUGGUGAUUAAAACAACAGCAUCACUGGAGCCUGUUUUGGUAUUUCACCUUUGACAUUUCACCCUCCACGAUCUCAAAGUAUUUCAAAACAAGUUCAGUGAGUGUUCUAGAAGAACUUGACUCAUCUAAUGUAACCCCUGUGUCACAGCUUGUGAGAACAUAUGCAUGUUUAAGUUUACACACACACAUACAGUUACAUACAGCGACACAUUUCCUUUUUUUAAAUAUCUUUUUGUGCAGAUUUUAACACCAGUGAUUCCACAGUAUUAAAAAAGCAUACAACUAAGCUGGGAAGUAAGCCUGCAAUUAAAACCGUUUGAAAUGAAUGUUCACCUCAUAGAGUUACAAGUGGAAGCUAAGAAUGAAAACUGUAGAUCUCCCAUUAGACAUUUCUCAAAGCAAACCAGAAAGGAAGUUCCCACAUUUGGGCUGACGAUGCGUGCAGAAUGACAUUACCAGUAUAGUGGUACUUCCUUGUUGCUCAGACUUAGCCAAACCUCAGAGAGGGGGCUUCAAAUCCUGUCCCUGAUCACAUGAUCAAAAAACAGGAAGUCCUUUUUAGUGCUCAAACUGUCCCCCCCCCCCACCC